GCUGAGCAGAGAGAAGCUCUGGAAAACUUUGAGCUGUUGAUCGCUACUGAAAAUCUAGACCUGAUCCCGAACACAGAGGCCUUUCAGUGUCCUAUAUGUUUCGACGACAUUGCUGUAGGCCAGGGUAUUUUGCUGCGAGAGUGCUUGCAUAUGUUUUGUAGGGAUUGUCUAACGCAAGCAGUGAGGUUGUGUGAAGAUGCCAUCCUUAAGUGCCCUUUUCAAGAUGAAGGAUAUUCAUGUGAGAGUAUACUGACGGAGAGGGAAGUUAGAGCACUUGUACCUCAAGCAGUUUACCUGAGAUACCUACAAAGAGGUUUAGACCAGGCAGAGUCUCAGACGGCCAAUUCCUACCACUGUAAAACAGCAGACUGUCAUGGUUGGUGUGUGUAUGAGGAUCUAGUCAACUUCUUCGAGUGUCCGGUGUGCCAGAAGGAGAAUUGUUUGACCUGCAAGGCCAUUCAUGAAGGUAAAAAUUGCAAGGAGUACCAGGACGACCUCAAGCUGAGAGCUAACAAUGACGCUGCAGCCAAGCAGACGGCUGAACUGUUACAGAAACUUGUAGCUGACGGAGAAGCCAUGCACUGCCCUCAGUGCCAGGUGAUAGUUCAGAAGAAAGGCGGAUGUGACUGGAUUAAAUGUUCCAUUUGCAAGAUGGAGAUUUGCUGGGUGACCAAAGGUCCAAGAUGGGGCCCACUGGGAGAAGGAGACACCAGUGGUGGUUGUCGGUGCCGACUGAACGGGCAGAAAUGCCAUCCAAACUGUAUCAACUGCCACUAA